AUGAUCCUGCACGAGGAUCAUCUUCAUCACGGACGGAGGCGGAGCAUCGAACCUCCUUCGCCGCCGGCAGCUCCGCGGGCGAUGACACUAGCCGCGCACCAGAUGAGCGACGUGGUCCGUUCGUCACUGAAGAUGACGUUCUCGAAAAGCGGGAGCUUUGCAAGGCCGUGCAGAAAAAGGAGGUGCUGUGGUACUUUGCGACCUUUGCCAAAGAGUACCAGAAACGCUUCAUGGCCGGGCUGGUCGGCUUGGGCGGAGAGGACGUCGAGGAGAAAUGGAAUGCAUCUUCCUGCGACCACAGCCAACUGA